AACGACCCCGCGUACAGGAAAAACCCCACCCGCGACGCCACGGCCACGCUCAAGGCCUGGCUGCAGGAGCACCGCAAGAACCCCUACCCCACUAAGGGCGAGAAGAUCAUGCUGGCCAUCAUCACCAAGAUGACCCUCACCCAGGUCUCCACCUGGUUCGCCAACGCCCGCCGGCGCCUCAAGAAAGAGAACAAGAUGACCUGGGCCCCGCGGAACAAGAGCGAGGAUGAGGACGACGACGAAGGAGAUGGGGCGAGAAGUAAAGAAGAAAGCCCAGGAAAGAUGCCCGAGAGCAACGAAACCUCUGCCGAGGACGAAGGGAUCAGCCUGCAAGUGGACUCGCUCACGGACCACUCGUGCUCCGCGGAGUCGGACGGCGAGAAGUUGCCCUGCCGUGCGGGCGACCCCCUCUGCGAGUCGGGAUCGGAGUGCAAGGACAAGUACGAGGACGUCGAGGAGGAGGAGGAGGAGGAGGAAGAGGAGGACAUGGAGGAAGAGGAGGUAGGGCAAAGAAGAGAAGGAGGAGGAGGAGGCAGUAGAAGUCUGGGCCAUCCUCACGCCGACGCCGCGCGCAGCGGCAGCAAGGCCUCGCCCGGGCCCCCAGCCCCCGCCACCAAGCCCAAGCUCUGGUCGCUGGCCGAAAUAGCCACCUCGGACCUUAAAAGCCAGCACUUGGGCCCCAGCUGCCAGCCGCCGGCUCUGUCCUCGGCCACCCCCGCCUCCACCCCGCAUAGCGCUGCCUACUCGCCCUCCUCCCUCCUGGGGAGGCAUAUAUAUUACACCUCACCUUUUUAUAGCAAUUAUACAAACUAUGGGAACUUUAACGCACUCCAGAGCCAGGGAAUCCUGAGAUACAACUCCGCAGCAGUGGCUUCAAACGAGGGACUAAGUCAGACUGUCCUAAAUGCCAGCUCUGUUCACAAGCAGAGCAGUGACUCUUUGAAAACCAUCACUAACCAACUAGAACAGCAUUACAGGCCCUCUAGUUACGACUCUAAGAAAGAUCCCACUGAAGUCUGCACAGUAGGAGUACAACCGUACCUAUAGAAGUGCAAUCACACAGCAAUGCAAGUAGGUGUCACAAUUGCUUUGAAAUAAAGUCAGCAAGCCAUCAUCUCUCCCCGAGCUAAUAUAUAUAACAAAUCUCUAAAUGCGGAUCACAUCUUGUGCCACUGUAUAAAAGAAGACCACAGAGCACUAUUAAAUCUUCAAAGUCUAAUUAUUAAACCAGAAUUUUGUUGGACAUACGUGAGUUUGCUGGUAUAGUAUAGUUUCCCCAAUGUAUGUGUGACUUUUGAAAACAGAUCUGUUUUUCUCAGGAUAUCUUGAAUUGAUCACUCCAUUGCCACGAUAUAUAUUCGAUAGGUGUGAUAGGACUUAUUGUAAAAUUUAUUUGUAAAAGAUGUAUACAGUAGAGAUAAUAAAGACGUGAUUGGAAAACUUGAGUCCUUAUAAAGUGGAAACAAAUUUGAUAUUUAUUUUUGUAAUGAUAUAAAGCUUCUAGUAAUUUAUGCAAGUUGUAUUGCAAUGGAAUCUGAACUUUUUGUAAAUAAAUUUUGCCUGUUUUUUAUUUGAAACGUUGAUGGUUAUACAAUCUUUGGUUGUUUAAUGAGAAUUCUUUACUAAUUUAUAUCUCUAAUUGUAAAUAA